AUGGCCGGAAACUUCUACGAGUCUGCUAUCGAUGUGCAUGUUGAGGGACCCGUCCUCCAUGCUGGCCUUCGCAAUAUUAACGGCGAAGUGGUGGAUGCCUUCAUCGAUUUAAACGAAUACCUUGGUAACAACAAUGGCGCUUUUGAGUGGGGGGGGGUCGACUUCUUUCAGACUGCCCAGAACGUGGAGUUCAGCUUCGAAGGAGGCGACAAUGUGCCCAUCCUCCGUGCUGAUCUUCAGAACGAGGAGGGAGACUUUGUGUUAGCUGAUGUCAACUUGGGUGAAAGAAUCAUCAAUGAUAAUGGCGAGUUCAGGUUCCAAGAAGUGAGUUACACCUACCGGUGGGUUUUGUGUCCUAGUUGCUAA